ACACAGCGAGGUCCAGAAUACGGUUGAUCCUUUCAACACUGCCCAGGAAAAGUGCGUCCGCGGACUCAUAUUCCUUAUAAAUACCCCACAAACCAUCAUUUAAUCACCGUGAAUUUCACGUCCCCUUAUACACCAACUAAACGUCAGUCCAUCUUGAUGCCAGUCCCGCAAUGGACGAUCACAGACUUCACUUAUCGGGAGUCGUGGUGGAAGAAUCGUGCCAUCCUGAUACUAAACAUCUGUUUGAUAUUACCCCUCUUAUCAUCGACCCUUAAUGGCUUUGACUCAUCUAUGAUGAAUAAUUUGCAAAUCUUGCCCGGUUGGCAAGAAUACUUCCAUAAACCGCAGGGCAUGAAGUUAGGACUCAUCAACUCCGCACAUAGUAUUGGCAUCCUCAGCGGAACUCCAUUUUCUCCUUACGUAUCUGACCUAUUAGGACGGCGAGCAGCUAUGUUUAUCGGGGCAGCCAUCAUGCUAGCUGGCGUUCUCACCCAAGCCUCAUGUACAACCAUCCAAGUCUUCCUUGGCGCUCGUGUGCUUAUCGGCUUAGGGAUGGCUUUUUCCAUCAAUGCUGCCCCCUUACUCAUCAGCGAACUUAGCUAUCCAACGCAUCGCGGAAAAAUGACCUCUCUGUACAAUUCGUUGUGGUACUCUGGCAGCGUCAUUUCGGCUUGGAUCUGCCUAGGAAGUUAUGAUGAUUCGGGGACGUCAGCGUGGUCAUGGAGGGUCCCUUCGUUCGUUCAAGCAGCCAUUCCUAUCAUUCAGAUGUCGCUAAUAUGGUUUAUCCCAGAGAGUCCUCGGUUUCUAAUGGCCAAAGGCUUGGAAUCGCAAGCUGCCCGUGUUCUCGCUCGGUGCCAUGCAAACGGGGGAGACGAACGCAACCCUCUAGUAGCUUUCGAAUUGGCUCAAAUCCGACAUGCUUUGAACCUCGAACGAGAGCACGCCUCCGGCAAAUCCUACCUCAGGUGCUUCUCGACUCCCGGCAACAGACAGCGCAUGUUUACCAUUAUAUGGAUCGCAGUAUUCUCGCAGUGGAGCGGUAAUGGUCUGGUGUCGUAUUACUUCAACACAGUCUUGAAUAGGGUCGGGAUCACCCAGACUAGAACGAAAGCAGCCAUUAACGGCGGUUUGCAGAUUUUCAAUUUAGCUAGUGCGCUGGUGGGCGUGAUGGUGGUGGACAAACUAGGGAGAAGGAAGACUUUCUUGAUUUCAAACAUUGGCAUGCUGACGGCUUUCUCUAUGUGGACGGUCACGACCGCUCUUUUCAGCCAGUCCGGAAAUGUGGCAGCUGCGAGAGCUACCGUGCCGCUUAUUUUCAUAUACUUUUUCUUCUACGAUCUGGCGUAUACUUCGAUGCUUGUGUUGUAUACGCUCGAGAUCCUGCCUUAUAACAUCCGUGCCAAAGGGUUUGCAAUCAUGAACAUCGUUCUCUAUUCGACCAAUGCUUUCAACUCGCUCGUCAAUCCAGUGGCACUGGAAACCAUAGGAUGGAAAUACUACCUCUUUUACUGCGGAUGGCUUAUCUUGGAACUCCUAUUCGCGAUGGUGUAUAUUAUCGAUACGAGAGCUCGCACUCUUGAAGAAACCGCCGCUUUGUUCGACGGCGUCAAAGUCCGUCGGGGUAUCAUGGAGCGGACAGGUGAAACUGCCAUGAAUCUGCCUCCAUACCCCAGACUUCAGGACAGUCCCGAAGCAGGGCAGACUUGGAGGAGUUCUGCUUCGCCAUCGCAUUUCGAAGCUCAAACUGGAGAAUCUGUUAUUGCGUUUGCCAGAUAAAUUUAUGAUUACAGUUUCACGAUUAUUGUAUGUAUUAAGCGCGCUCA